UUUGACUCUUUUUUCAAUAUUCUUUUUCCCUUUUUGUAUUUAUUUUGAACGUUGUGAAUGAAUAAAUAAAUUUCUUCGACGAAAAAAAUCCGCAGACGGGAAGAAUCGAACCCCAGCUUUGCUGCUGCGAGACCAGUGGCGUUACCACUGAGCUAAUUGACUGUGUCUAUUUUUUUUCUAUACGCACUAUUUUUUUUACUCCUUUUAAAUACAAUUUACAAAUAAAUAAAUUAUUUCCACCAGUAAAAUAUUUUUCAAUUAUUCUUUAUUAUUCUUUAAUAUUUUUUUCACUAUUUUUUUUUUUUUUUUUUUAUUAAAAAACAGAAAAAAUAAUAUAAAAAUAGUAACUUUUUUUUCCUAUUAUUUUCUAAUUAAUAUGCAUUAGAAAUUAUGUGGAAAACGCGCCCGCGCGUUAAGAGGGGGUCGCGACGCGUCGGCGUUAACAAUGACAGCACGUGGCAUUGACUAUAUACAAAAAGUACAAGCCCGGUGUUUCAUGUUUAAGUCGCGAACAACCCUCUUCGACGAUGUUUGUCGUGUGUGCGCGUUUUAUUCUAACCACACAGUAGUCGAUAGCAUCAUUCUUUUUCAACUUUCUUUUUUUUGCUUCUUAAAUAUUAUAUUGAAAACUAUAAAUUGAAAAAAAAAUGUUUACCAAAUUUUUUCUCUAUCAACAAGACGAGCGGAAAACAUUGGAAUCAAAAGAUUUUUAUUUCCUGAAACGAUGGAUUUUCUGUUAGCAUUUGUCACUAAGGUGUCUUAUGACAUGGGAUCGGAGCCGAGAAUGAGAAUCACAUGAAUUAUGCAGAUAAAGAAAUAAUAACAAGAAAACAGAAAAUUAGUAUACAAAAGUGGCAGCUAAAAAAAUUAAUAUUCGCAAGAAAGGGGAGAAGGAGGAAUGGGCCCUUGGGCCUUUGGUGUACCAAUUGUCCUAGUAUCAUGUGUGGGCCUUCUUCUUAAUGCCUACAUUCUUCUUGUUGUUCUUGGACUCGGCAAGCAGAUUCACCAGCAGCAGACUGCAAACACUUUGCUGCUGGUACAUUUAGGAGCAGUGGAAGCGGCCGUUUGUCUCGUACUUUUAGUAUUUAGCACCGGUUCCUGGCCAUUUGCCGGCACUUGGUGCGUUCUACACGGUUUUCUCCUGGCCCUUCUCCAUCCCGUGGCCCUUUGGACCGUAACUGGUCUGAACUGUGAAAGGUAUUACGCUAUCGCGGCUCCACUCCACUAUGCCGCACUGGUCUCACCACGAAGAGUGAUAUUCGGAUUGGCAGCAUCAUGGACGGGAUCACUCCUACUUUGCCUACCGCCGAUAUCAGGUCUAGCUCCACCGUAUAAAUACAUUCCUGGUCUUGGAUGUUGUGCUCCCGACUUUGGCAAUGACAAUUGGGGUUCAUCGGCCGUUGUUUAUGGUGUAGCGUACGCUUUUUUAGGUCUCGCACUACCAGCAGUGCUCGUCACUGUCUGCAAUUUACGUGUACUUGGUAUUGCACGCUAUCAUCGUCAUCGUAUUGCGAGCGCAAUUUAUGAGGUUACGUUAAGUGCCCAAGUGACCAUCACGCAUCAGAGGAAUCCUUUUUUUAUUCCCUCGAUAACUUCGCCUAAUGCCGGAGGUGGACCACCACGAUUUCAUAGUGCUGCUAGUACGGUAAUGCAACUUGUUGGAUCUCUCUAUUUACUGUACUUUCCCUAUUGCGGUUUGAUCCUGUGGGAGGUGUGUUGUGCCAUUGGAGUUGGGGGCGUCGGAAGUCAACAACGUCUGCACGCGCAUCCUCGUUUCGCGUCCUUGGCCUCACUUCUUCUAGCCUGUUCACCACCCGUUAAUGGACUUCUCUAUGGUCUUAAAUCACGAACCCUACGACGUUCCGUGCAAAACUACUGGCGUAAAAAAGCCACUAAAUCCGAAUUACAGCAGGAAAUUCAGGCGCGAACGCCUAGUGCCACUGGUUCAAGGAGGCCUUCAGGAAAUGGACAGGCCUCCUUCUUCCCUUUUCCGCCUUUGCAACGACGCCUCAGCGAAGCAUUAUUAGUUCUCGGUUCCUGUAGAACGGGAAAUCCUUUUGAUGAUAGUAAUAUUCGAAAUCCAUUUCAUCGCAGUCGAUUACAAACGGCUGCUUCUUGUAAUACACUCAGAGUGCCAAAUGCCGAAUUAGUUGGAUCUGCAAAACCAGUGAGAACGAGUGCAAGUACAGCGAGUCUACAACUUGUCUCUCGCUACUGUAACGAUUUCGACGGUAGCGAGAGUAUUGAAAACGAUGGUGGGUGCUCUAUGAGCGAUACUCCAAAUCAAAGUCCUAGGAUUCUCAUAACUCGAGCUUGCAGCGAAGAGAGUCAGGACUACGAUAGUCCAUUGCUUAAGAAAACAUUAACAACAGCUGCUUCUGCACCGGUCUCGCAGAUUAGCGAAAAGCGUCGCUGGCGGCAGAGAAGCACGGGCAGCGACAGCAGCACAGGAAGUAGUGACGCAAGUGUCUGGACAACGGGGGUAAUGCAAAAACAAUCAAGGGGUAAAAAUGGAAUGGAAAAUUGGCCAAUUGGACGAAGAUUCGUUCGUGUGAAGACAUUGGAGGAGGGGGUGAUUUUUAUAGGCAAUCGACCACUUGAACGUAGUGAAAGUAGUGACAAUACGGAAAAUACAGCAACAACUACGACAUCAACACUUCCUAGAACAUUGCCAUUGGAAAAAGAAGAAUUUGGUACGAAGACGAAAAAAAUGGAUGAUGAUGAUGAUGACAAUUCACGGGAGGGGAGCGAGAGCGAUGCGAGUUGGAGUAGUACCGAAGAGGUUAAUGAAAAAAAGGCGAAUCUUGUAAUUUUAGAAGAAAACGUCGAUACUCAACAUGAGUCUAAAGUUCUAAACUAAUAUAGCUCGAAUUUUUAUUUUCAAGGAAAAUUUCUUUUUAAAUUACUUUUUUCUUUAAAAAUUAGAAAAUUUUUUUUUUUUUAAGUGAUUCAAAUUUCCUUU